AUGGACGGGGCGGCGGCGGCGGGCGGUCCCGCGGAGCCCACCCCGCGCAAAGGCGGCGGCGGUGCGGCCGAGGGCGGCAAGAACCAAGCGGGAAGCGAGCAGCCGCUCUUCUCCCUGGGCUUUGAGGCCGGCUACGCGCAGCAGCCGCAGCCCGAGGAGCGCCACGACAGUACCAGCAACGGGACAGCCCGGCUACCCCAGUUGGGGACCGUGGGUCAGUCUCCCUACACCAGCGCCCCACCGCUCUCCCACACCCCCAACGCCGACUUCCAGCCCCCUUACUUCCCCCCCCCUUACCAGCCCAUCUACCCCCAGUCUCAGGACCCCUACUCCCACGUGAACGACCCGUACAGCCUCAACCCCCUCCAUGCCCAGCCGCAGCCCCAGCACCCAGGAUGGCCGGGACAGAGGCAGAGCCAGGAGACGGGGCUGCUCCACACGCACCGGGGUUUGCCCCACCAGCUCUCGGGGCUCGACCCACGCAGGGACUACCGGCGGCACGACGACCUGCUGCAUGCCCCGCACGGGCUGGGCUCGGGACUGGCCGACCUGCCCCUCCACUCCAUCCCCCACGCCAUCGAGGACGUGCCGCACGUAGAAGACCCCGGUAUUAACAUCCCAGAUCAAACUGUAAUUAAGAAAGGCCCCGUGUCCCUCUCCAAGUCUAACAACAACGCCGUCUCCUCCAUCCCCAUCAACAAGGACGCGCUCUUCGGCGGGGUGGUGAACCCCAACGAGGUCUUCUGCUCGGUGCCGGGCCGCCUCUCGCUGCUCAGCUCCACCUCCAAGUACAAGGUCACGGUGGCGGAAGUGCAGAGACGCCUGUCGCCGCCCGAGUGCCUCAACGCCUCCCUGCUGGGCGGGGUGCUCCGGAGGGCAAAGUCUAAAAACGGAGGGAGAUCUCUGAGGGAGAAACUGGACAAAAUAGGAUUAAACCUGCCAGCCGGGAGGCGUAAAGCUGCUAACGUUACCUUGCUCACAUCACUCGUGGAGGGAGAAGCAGUACAUCUAGCUAGAGAUUUUGGGUACGUUUGUGAGACAGAAUUUCCUGCCAAAGCAGUAGCUGAAUUUCUCAACCGACAACAUUCCGAUCCAAACGAGCAAGUCACAAGAAAAAACAUGCUUCUAGCUACAAAACAGAUCUGUAAAGAGUUCACCGACCUGCUGGCUCAGGACCGAUCUCCCCUGGGGAACUCGCGGCCCAACCCCAUUUUGGAGCCGGGCAUCCAGAGCUGCCUGACCCACUUCAACCUCAUCUCACACGGCUUUGGGAGCCCGGCGGUGUGUGCUGCUGUCACCGCCCUGCAGAACUAUCUCACCGAGGCGCUCAAGGCCAUGGACAAAAUGUACCUCAGCAACAACCCCAACAGCCACACAGACAGCAGCACCAAAAGCGGCGACAAAGAGGAGAAACACCGAAAGUGAGGAUCUCCCCCACACACACUCCUCUCCCUUCCCCCUCAUAGCCCAUCGAUCCAUUCAUCUCCCUCCUCCCUCUCCCCAGCACCCCAGGCUACAGCAACAGAAUGAGCGUCCUUCUGCCAGUCCUGUUCUCUGACUCUGCAGGACUGCUCUGCCCUCUCUCCACACCCCUUCCCAGCAUCCACAUUUCCAUUUGCUCCCACUUAAAUUCCCCCCUCUUUCCACUGCCACCAUCGUUUUAACCCAGUUUGGAGCCUAAGAGAACAGAACAGGGGGACGGAGCCAGCAAUGAAAAAAAGUUCUGUGUUGAGUUUGUGAACUUUUUUUUUAAAUAAAACAAAAGGAGGAAAAAAAAAAACCAACAAAAAAUAAAACAAAAAAGGACUUUUUUUCUAAAAAUAUAUUAAAAAA